AUCUUUAAUGAGAGCUUUAGUGAAGGGAUCGCUGUUUUCCCUCCGGCAGAGGCACAGCUGAGCUGGGCCCUUUGUUUCCCCCUGCUGCGUGGUGGAGCUGCCCGAGUGGGCUGUGUCUGCAGUUGUGGGAGUGGGAAAUGAAGGGGGUUCAGCUCUGACGGCUGUGUUCCUGCAUCCCACAUCCCUCAUCCUGCAUCAGUGCAUCCCACAUCCCUCAGGCUGGCAAGAGGUGUGCAAAUGAGAGGCUGGGAGGAAUAAAGACGUCAUCUCGAAGUGGGCUCUCCCUUUGGGCUCCUGCUGAAGGCUGGAUUUCGUGGUCUCACAGCCCCGUCUCCCACGUGUGCUGGUGAAGUGCUUCAGAUCCUGCAGCACUCUCAGACAGCCCAAAAGGUGCUUCACAAUGCCGGCUGGCCUGGAGAAAGCUUGUCACCGCUGCAUAUCCAAAAUUGCCAGCAAUGCAUGCUUUAUAUUUGGGCUCCUUGCUUUCCUUGCCUUACCAUUGUCCAUGACUUUUACAGGAAUGAAGUUUUUGGAAGAUUGCCCAGUUCAGCCACUAAUUCCAUUAUAUCUGUUGGUGGGUGGUGUGAUUGGCAGCUUAAAGGUGACUCUGCUGCUGUACGACUCAACCAAGAUGAGGCAACUGCUUUCCAAGUCUGUUGUGAUCGAUGAUGAUGAUGACGAUGAAUACCCCUGGAGGCAGAACGCUCACAAGUACUACAUCCAUCUAACCCUCAGCCUCUUCCUCUUCCUCUGGUUCAUUCUUGGGAACUACUGGGUGUUUUCAGUGUACCUGCCAAAUUUCAUCCCACCUUUUCACCAGCCUCAGGAUUACUGUGACAAAACCUUGUACAUUUUUGCUGUUGGUGUUCUCAUUAUUAGCCAUACUGUUCUCUUCCUCCUCAUCUUUUGUAGCUGUUGCAUAUAUCUUUUUUCCAGGCAAAGAUACUCUUCAGAGGAAGACUAAGUGCCACGUAAAUAAAGCUCCAGAUGUUUAGGAAAGGGUGUGUAAUGAAAAGGCAAUAACUCACCCUUAUGUGUAUCUUUGUUGUACUAUAUAUACGUAUGUUAGCAGUCAACUGCAAGAGGAAAUUGUAAAUCACAUUCCAGUGCCAUUUGGAAUUAGCUAAACUAGAAUACAGCUUACUCCAUGUGAAAUUGCUGCUAUAGAUGCCGGGGUGCAGUCUUGCUAACUUCUAUAACCCUUUUUUAACUCUUGGAUUUUCUAUUUGAAGUGUCAAAUUCUUUAGUAAGCUCUUGGAUAUGACAAACUCCUCUAAAACCAGGCUCCUGGUUUUACAGCACAGUACAUGUUUGCCUGUAAAAGUAGCUAUGUUAUCCCCUUUACUGAGACCUGAACACCUCUGUAGCCUUGCCGAGGUAUGUUACUGUCCUUGCAUUAAAGAUGCAGGAGCUGAGGCAACAAAAGAUAUAGGGCUGCAUUCAGACCACUUUGACUUUGGACUUUGACAGUGACUUAGAUGCUCCUCAGAAAGCUACCCAGGCCACUGUUAGACCAGCCUGUUAAGUAUCUGGGAUAGCAGUAUGAGCAUAUAUAAAAGGCAGCUCGAAUAUGGCACCAAGAUCUCUCCUGAACUUGGUCUAGAAAGCAUCUGUAUCUAUCUUUGGUGCUAAAACAGUCUCCAUGUAUCCAUGUAUAUCCAGUGCAUCCAAACUGAGCCAAGGCCACCAGGAGAUGAGCUACUGAGCAACAGAUUAGGCGCUGUAACCAGGACUCAGCAGUUCCCAGCCCAGGGAGACUCAUUUCUCCACUUCUUGUAUAAUAUUAAUUUGUCAGUACCACACCAAGAUGCUUGUCAAACCACGGUGAUGAAGUUCACAUCAAAAUUGAUGAGGCUAUGUUAGUGUUUUAAACAUAGAACACGGUAAUAUAGAAUAUUUAAAUAUGGAACAUGAGCAGGAAUGUGAGAAUUUCAGGUGGAUGUGCUUAUUAGAGGAGUUCUCUAGUUGUGGUGUGAGUGUGAAACUCCUGAUUUGUUCACUGCAGUGCCGUACUUACGGAAAUCUAUACUUAAUGGAUAGAUGUAACUAAUACAGCUUUUAAGCCAACAGCAGUGUCAGCUUUAAAAGCACCAGCAUGCUCAGAGACAAUUGUUUUGUGACAUGUAAUGGAAUGAGCCCAUACCUGGUCCUGGGAGAUUGUUUUUUAUGUGCUGAUGAAUGCAGUAUAAAAGUGCUCUUUCUGCUUUUUCUUUUAUGCAAAUCUGUUAAUACAGCCAAAGUGGAAGGGCUCUCCUGUAUGCAAGCAUGAGGAUGGCCCCAGGCACAGGAAGCAGAUGUGGGCUUGGGGUAUCUUUUCUGUUAAAAACCAGUGUUUUUAGAAGUGUGUGUUUUAGAGAAACCUAACAGAGCUGUAAGGCACCUGUGGAAGGGCAAGAUCUGUUCAACAACAAUACCCACAGCUGAACAGGCUUUGUUCAACCAUUCCUCCUGGGUCUGAGGCUGAACAAUAGAAUAUCUGUGGGAAUCACCUGUGAACAUUUAUCUCAGAGCCACUGCAUAGACUAAGGGUGCAUUUGGUCCAGAUAGAUUUUAAUUCAUGCCCCAGCUUUAGGAAUUAUUUAGUUCCAGAAAUCUAAUCUUAGCAAGCCGGUGGGAAAAUGGGUAGAAGAGGAGAAAUCAGCGUAGCACUCCCCAGCUCCACAGCAGUUAUCAGGAGUCAGAGAUAUGCUGUCCCCAUUCAGAAAUUCAUCAAAUGGAAGUUGCUAACACUGCCACUUGAUGCAUGCUGUGUGCAGGGAAGUAUGAGCAGCGGCAGCCCUUCCUUUUAUACAUGAACUGAAGAUCCAGGCUGUGUUUUCCCAUGAGCUGCUUCACCCCAUGCUCUCCAUUGCCUCUCUGAAGGUACUACGUGUUUCUGAAACAUAACUGUUGCCAACAGUGGAAUGCUAGAAUUCCUCCUUCCUACCCCAAGUAUCUCAUGGCUCAGCAUUUGGACUACCAGAUUGUGGCACAGACAGAUGCUCAGUUCUGAACCACUCUACAUGAUUCUACCUUCAGUGGAGAGCAUAUUUCAUUCAUUAAGAUGUCACGGUGUUUAAAAAAUUGCAUUUCAGCAUCUUGACAUCCGUCCAGCACUUGAAUGCAACAAAGUUGCUGUUUAGCAUUACACAGGAACCUUACCAAAAAGCAUUAAAAAGAUUUUAUUAUGCAAAGGAAAUUUAACACUAAAAUAACUACAGACAUUCAUUCCAAUCACUGGACUCCAAUAAAAAUGUCCCUGUUCUUGUAAAAUGCUGCUAGAGUCAUUCUUGAUUACAGAAAAUUACUCCUGUGUGCGUCAGAACUGACUGCUGUGCCACUACACACCCCGCGACCUUGCAGCAAGUGACAAUGUGUGUGCUCCUACCCAACCAAAUACGAUUUGAUUUUAGUUUGCCCCACAGAAGAAGAGAUUUAAGCUGAGUCCCAUUGCCUUGUGUUUUCUGUGUGCCUGUAUACGGGCAGUUGCAGCAGCAGAUGAGCAAUAAUUCAUGAAACACACCAGUGACACACCAGUGAGCCUGAGGCCUGCAUCUCGUUCAGGCUGAAUGAAUCUCUGCAGUCAGUUGUGGAGACUUAAUUCUUUAGGUAUGAGAACUCAGAACAUUCACUGACUUUGUGGGAAACAGCUGAUAAAUCACAAUGCCAGUGUUCAGUAGUUGGUUGACUCAAGCUGAAAGUAAUAGAGGAGGUAUUAGGGAAGCUAAGGGCAGUUGUAAAAUACUUUAAACAUCUAUAUGGUAAACAGAAAACUUCGUUAAGAUCGAGGGAGGAAAAUUCUGAAUUGACAGUAUUUAACUUUACUUAUGUAUGUGAAUAAUCUAUUACACUGCCACUGUCUCCUUCAGCAGGAUAGAAUCACGCAGGUGUAGAGCAAGGACAGCCAGUUUGGAGCAUAUGAUGCAUACACUGUGUUAUUGUGGCUUAUUAAGUUAUCAACAUUCUCCUGGUCCGUCAUCUUCAGCAGGAUUGCUCCUAACACUCAAUAAAGCACUCAGCUUAAAUUCAAAUGAAGCUGGUUCAACUGAAAGCAUUUUAUCUCCCUUUGGGGUAAGCUAGGAAUGUGGUCUUCAGCACCUUACCUUGUAAACAGUAACUUCUUAAAUUCAUGGAGUGAUGGUGUCCCAGGCAUGGAUGAGCUCAGUCCC